AUGGCAACCGAGCCGCCGUCGGCGGCGGAGAAGAAGAAGGUGCCUCUCCCCAAGGUGGUCACGCUCAAUAAGGCCCUCAAGCUGGCGCAGACAUGGGUGGACAAAAUGAGUGCGUCGGAGCCGGAUGAACCCAACGAUAAGGAUUUCGAGGGCCGGCCAGCAAGACUCGGUCUUGGUGCUAAAGCGGCACCUGGUGUGAAACGUGCGGCUCCCACUGACCCAGUUGAGAGGAGGUUGCUUGGGAAGGUGAAUGCGCAGAAGAGAAAGGCCUUGGAGGAUGAAAAUAGAACCGCUAAGGAGGUGAAUGAGGCUAGUGACGACGAUGAGCCUGAAAGCAGGACCGGUGCCUUUAACAAGAAGAGGCCACUGCCUUCAGUUACUUCUACACCUUUAGGGAAGAAGGCAAAGUGA